AUGAAAAUAAAUAAUUCUAAUAAUCUAAACUAUAAAAAUGUACCUUUAACUAAAUUUAAUAUUAUAAAAAUAAAAAUUUUUUCAUUUAUUGAAUGUUCAUUUUGCCUUUUUGUAACUUGGCUAAUAAUUUCAUUUUUAUUAUGUAUUGGAUUUUCUAUAUUAAUAUAUUUUUCUUUUCUUGAUCUUAAAAAUUGGAUACCUAGUCCAAAAGAAAUACCAAAAAAUAAUGUACCAUUAUUUUAUGAUAUUGAAAUUCAAAUAGAUACAUCAAAUUAUGAACCACUUAAAACAUUUUCUGGAAUUGGAACAAUAACAUUUAAAUGUGACAAUGAAUGUUCUAAUUAUUUUUAUAUAAAUAUAGGAAAAAAUAUAAAUCAAGAAAAUGGUUUAUUUACAAAAUUAUUAAAUGAUGGUAAAAAUAAUGAAACAAUAGAAAUUGUUGGAAGUCGUUAUCAUCCAGAAACAGAAAUUAAAACAAUAGUUUUAAAUGAAAAAUUUGAACCAAAUAUUAAUUAUACUUUUUCAUUUUCUUUUUAUGGAACAUUUGAUAAUGCACCAUACCUAAAGUUGUUUUCUUAUACAGGACAAUUUUCUCCAAGAACAUAUGGAGCAUAUUUUGGUGUACCUGAAGGAAUUACAAAUGGUUUAAGAUAUAUUAUUCCAUCUUUAGAUGAUAAUAAAUUUAUAUCAUAUUUUAGAUGGGUUAUUAUUAGAAGAAGUAUAAUGAAAUCAUUAUCUAAUUCUGUUUUAUUAUCAUCAGAAGAUUUAGAUGAAUUUUAUCAAGUUGAUAAAUAUAAAGAAACAAUACCAAUAAAAACAUAUGAAAAUAUUAUUGUGAUAUAUCAAUGUAAUUGUAAUAUUGAAAAAAAUUCUUUUUCAAAUGUUAAUAUUACCUCCUGUUUUAGAACAUCAAUUCAAGAAAAAAUAUUAUCUAUUGAUAGAAUACAUCAAUUUAUGUGUGAAGAGUCUAAUGAAAUUGGAAAAAUGGAUGUUGCCAUUAUUCCUGGUGUUCAGACAAUAUAUAGACCAGGUAUUGCUAUUUUAAAUGAAGGUGAAACAAUUAGUGAAGCUAAAACAUUAAAUUACUUACACGACAAUAUUAAUAAGAUCUCUUAA